CCCAAUCGUUUCUUCUCUUUUUCAACGGAACAGAACACGCGGAUCAUUUUUUUGUGUGGUUUCAUCCUGGCAACACUCGUGGAGCCUUCGUCGUCGGACAUGUACCUGCAUUUUCCACACGGAUCGAACAAUCGCUUGAACGGAAAUCAAGACAAUGUAAGGAACGCAAACCGAUUGUUUGACUCACAGGUAAGACCCUAAUGAUUAAAUCUCUUUGCGCUUAUGUAUUCGUAUAUUAUUCGUUGGCUUUUCCUCUUCAAGAACCAAGUAGAUUCUAUUUAAGCCCAUGAUUGUUUUUUUAAUAUUAUAAUGAUAUGGAAACUUGCAUGCUCAAAUGGUCAACGUCGUAUUUCAUACCAAGCGAACGAACAACGAAAACGUUUUCUAUGUCUCCUCCCAUUCUUGGAGAUUACCUUCCUAUCAUGAUGCUGCAUUGUACGUAGUUAUGUAAGCUUCGGUCGCAUGAACCAGAAGCUUAAUUUAACAAAAUAUAAUACCUAGAAAAUGACUUUUUCAGAAUAACGGUAAGGCUGGUUACAAUGUUGGGGACAAACUUGCUAGUAACCCUGGAGACAACAUUCAAGAGUUUAGGCAGCUGCCACAGGUAAUUAGUAAUAAGAUAUCUACUCCUGUAUUUGCGCAAUUCGAGGGGCAGGGCUGUGGUAAGUUUCUUUAACAGUAUUUCUAAUCCUCUCCUGUAGGGUUCGUAGCAGCGUUUGAGGGUUUUCCAAUUUCACCCUCAUUUUCUCUAGCUACUAGAUAUUAUCAGUUUUGUUGAUGAAGCAGGGUUAUAUAUUUCCUUCGGACACCUUCAGCUGCGCCCCAUCAAGAAAGGGGAAAGAUACCUUUUCACCUCGACUAUGCAGUAUAAGAACGAAUUAUGCUUACGGGCUCAAUUUGUUUUGGGAAGAUGAUACAUAGAGAAAGAACAAAACAAACGAAUCAAAAUGAGCAAGGUUGUGUUCCUAUUGGACCUCUUGCGAGAUUGAGAACAAUAUCUCAUGGUUUUCUGUUCCCAAUUUAGUUCCUUGUUUUAGUCAAAAUUUCAAUUCAAUGUUUUACUCUUUUCCAAUUUUUGCGAAUACUUAUCGAACGUGUUUCAUACCAUGGACUAAACCCUAAUCGAACCAUUUACGGAAACAGCGACUUAGAAUUAUUAAACAAUACUCAAAAUUCUCUUUUGUUUUGGACAUGAUAAACGAAUAGCUCCCACGUGGGAGACCACUGCUCUAUGAAAUUGCAUUUCUUUGUGUUGUGUUCAUUUGUUUUUAUGUGUUUGUUCAAUUUUAUCUUUAACAAUUUAACAGGAGUUUUACAUGAGCGGAUGUGACGCCAAGGCCAAAACUGAAGUAGAAAUCAUGUGGACAAAUCAGCAUGGGACUGGGCCCAAGACUGGCGACAUAGUGGAAUCACAAGCUAUUUUACAGUACAUGUGUCAGCCUUAUCCCGAGGGAAAGAUGGCAACCAACGAUGUGAACAGAGAGUUUAAAUACCAUACGAUUCGUAACGGCCAAAACCUGGCUACUCAGUCAUUUUCAAAUAAUAAUAGAGAGAACGCUUACAUAAGAAAAGACCGCGGCUUGCACGAACCAGCCAAUUACUACCAGGCUUACUUUCGUCGAGAGAGAAACAAAGGUGAGCAGGAGAAAUGCGAGAAUUGAACGUAUUUGGUUCGUUCUAUCUUGAUCCUAAAAAGUAAAUGAGUGAAGUUUUAUAUGGAUUUCUCUCAUGAAAUUCUUCAUGUCUAAAACUCUGAAGUUGCAUAUGGUGUUUCAAUUGGCAACGAAAAUCCACAUUGUUUGACUGUUUCUUUCUUUUCGAAGUCAGUCCAGGCGUAGUUUUGAUUUCUUGCAGUAGUUGCCAUUUUAUAGACUUGCAGCCAAAUGUAAAACAGCAUUCACAAAACAAAUCUAUCUUUAAAAAAAUGAGAUUUCUCAAGAUCCGAAUGUUUUCCUACCCAAUCAAACUGCUUUUAUAAGGAUUUCCUCUGUUUUAUGGAAAAUAAGUGAUGGAGUGAAUUAAACGCUACAAUUGUAAAAUCAAAAAAAAGUAAGGCUGUUUUUUGCUCCUACUGCAGGUUUGUUCACUGCUGACCAACAACUUAAGGGCGUUCUGCCGAUUUACACGAGGCAAAACCCUCAAGGAACAAGAAGGGGCUUGGAGGUCCCCGAAGAACGCGAUUAUUUUCCCUACUGGGGUCCCAGCCCUUGGAAGGACAUUGCUAUCAUGGUCAGCGAUAAAAAGACCGAGGAGCUCAUGAAAAAAUACGUGAACAGUCCUGAAUAUGGACAAAAAUGUAAGUAUAAUAUCUGAUUACUGCUUUAAUUGAGAUGACAGCAUCUCUAAGAAACUUAGGCUGUUCUCUCGGCUCUCUUUAGACUCCUCCAGAAAAGUAAGAAGGUGAGCUAAUUUCACGAACCAAACUAUCUCGAGUUUUUUCGAAUUUUUAAUUCAUCGAUAUUUCAGAUAUGUGUAUUAUGCCAACAACACUGAAAGAUAACCCUAACUGUCCACGAGACAACUCUAACAACCUCGCCAAGCAAUGUGUUGCCAAGUACAUCACUGAGGAUGCUUGCGAAAAAGCUGGAGGGAAGUGGACCAAAUUUAUCACAAACUACAUCGAGAAAACCUCUGGCGUGUUGAGCACUUGUCAUAACAUAGGAGACAUGAAACUGAGCAGAGGGUUACCGUAUGAACCACACAAGCUUUCACAAGGAGCGGAUGGAAAGGAACAAUUUGUUCUCCUUCACAAGACUCCUGAUGUGAUCUACGCCCCAUCCACUGUCGUUAAUCACAACGGGUUGAACAUGGAAGGAAAGUUUUCGUCUUAUAAGUGGAAAGUACCUUGUUUCGCAACAAAUACCACUCAACGUUGUGUGCUGCGCAUAAGGUUAGGGAAAAUUAUUUUGAAACGUUAUUCUUUUAUUACUGACGAAAUAAUACUCAGUACAUCAUUUCUAUACUAAUACCAGAAAUACUUUUCAGUGUAAGAAUACUCUAAAAAAAAAUGCGACAGAUUUUGACACCAUAGUGCUUGCUAUAACGAUAAGUAAAAUAAAGAAAUGCUUUUUUUAAAGUGAAGAGUGUCAAAUUGAGUUCAAACAGCAAGGGAUACUCUCGAUCUUCCUGAUCUUAGGUCUGUGCAAAAUUCUGAUCCAAAAAGGUUGUAUAUGACAUUGCUCCUCCACUAGUCGUCUCUGGCCUGCAUGAACCUUAACAGCGGUUCUAACUGCGAAAAUAGAACUGGCUAGGGUUUUCUCAUCUUACUAGGUGUCUGCAUUUAUCUAUGUCCGACGUUUGUCGCAAGUCCUUUCAAACGACUCGCGUUUAACUAAUAUUCAGCACAUGGCCUUUGUCCAUCUACUAGUGUAGUCCUCUCAGCUUAGGGCUUUCAGGGCUGUUUUACGGGAUAUGCUUAAGAAUGAAGUCUUGUUUCUUACAGGUACAACAUCACCACCGCUGACGCACCAAGGGAGUUCGAUGCUAGCAAUAACAAGAAGUAAGUUUCCUUACUCCUAAUUGAACUUGCCCACUUUUCCCCUUUCUUUGAGGUGAUGAACACGAACUGCGCCCCAUCUUCUAACAAAACACGUCUAUCCUGAACUCCACAGCGUUACAAAUAACCCAAAGACAAAAGCCGUUGAUGGAAAAACUCUUUUACAACUCGCCUUAAACACUGCGCAGCUUUCGCGAACUUUCCAGGAUAGAAGUCACGUGAUCCUCCUGAAGCCUCGAAGUUCUCUUCCAAAGGAACAUCAGCAUCGCCAAAUUUACUACAUCGGAGGAAUGGGAAAGAGAGGGAACAUCGUGCAGGCUUACCCUGCCAUGGAAUAUCGCUUUACUCCUGAACGUAUUACGGUAACAACAGAGGACAUUGUGUGUUUCGUUUGGUCAGGUAAGUGAGAGACACUCUUGUUUUCGGGAAGGUCGAUUUAGAAUUGAAUCUAAAUGGCACAGAGGUUAAUGAGGAAAGAAAGAACUUGAAGUGAUUGUCUUCGUCUAAUUAAGGAAAACACUGAAAAAGCACGUGUCGGAAAAUUUUCAAUGAUGAUUUUUUUGACGGUUUCAGAUUCAUUGUUUUGGCUGUAAACUAAUUUUGAUUUGGUCCUCUAAUACCGGACAAACGCAGAUUGGAAUAUCUUGUCUGUUGUGUAAGAAUAAAGACUCUACCACCCAAGUUAUCUGUUGUAUUUUUCUUCAAAAGGCGCUCCAUUCAAAAAGGAUAACCUCCGUGUAACCUUUGUUAUAUCAUUUUACAGUCUUCUUUUUACGAGGCGUUGAUUUCCACCCUUCUAAAUAUUCUAAUAAUACUGAGCUUCAUGAAUUCAUUACAAUAUUGAGAUUUAAAUAGCCAUUAGCCAAAUUUAGAUUAGCAAACCAAGAAAAAUUCUUAAACUAACGUGCUAUUUUUUUUCUCUGUUUUAGGUUCAAACAACAACCAAAACAAUGAAGGACAAGGAACAGCGCGUAAGAAUUGCUACAUCUAUAUAUUAAUGUUUUGAACUUAAAAACAGGAUGAUGAAUGCACGACUUUUCAAAUUAUUCAGCUUAAAGCUUCUAACCAAAUUUGACUUGACUAACACUGUAAUUUUGACUUUUUAACUAAAACCUGUGGAAAAACUGUACUUCUUGACCUUUAUUUUUACAAGUCAAGGGACCAUCGAAGUUUACAACCCUUUCAAAACAAAAUGUAGAGUACUUUGAAACCGUUUAAUAAAACGUCUUCAAUAAUUUAAUCGCAUAAAUUUUCUCUUUUAUUUGUAGGUACUGAUCGCACCAACGUGUGCUGGAUGAAAGAAGGAUGCCAAUCCCUCAAACCAGAAGCGUGUUCCAGUCUGCCUCUUGAAGUAGUUGACCAUAUUGACAAGUUUGACGCCGAUAAGUUAAAUCUUCACCUGAACAAGGGCUGUUACGAACAGGCCAAUUUGCAAGCUCAGCUAAACAACGCCCCAGCCUCCUGCAACCCCCCGUGCUUCCGCAUUGCGAAGCCUGGGAACUACUGUUACAUGGGCACGCGCAAUAACAACUUCUCCAACCGACGUCACAUGGGGCAGAUCACUGUCACCGAGUCUGUGAAAAGUUGA